UGGGAUGGUGUGUCAAUCUUGACAUAUAUCAAACAUAACCCCAUAAGUUUUACUGUCAACAGUAAUCGAAAGAAAUAGAUUUUCGCAAUCUUAAUAUUAAUUAACCAGUUAUGGCUAUCAAAAAUAAACGAUCAUCCGAUGUGAAGCCGGAGUCACCAGCUGAAAAGAGAGUCAAAUUUGAUAAAAGCAAUUCCACGCAAGGACAAAAGAAACCUUUUACCAAACCCGGUGCAAAGAAAUUCGGGGCAUCUGGUACGUUUAAGAAGGGAAAUCCAAAAUUUCAAAAGGACAAAAAGUUCGGCAAUAAGCCUUCAAUCGAGUCCGCUGUUCCGGAAAAGAAAGACUGGAACCAAUUGAAAAAAGACAAAAAGGAGUUGAAAUUGAAGCGGAAACAGACGAAGGAUUUAUUCGAAUUGACCGUACAAGGAAAGAAAAUUUAUGAAAAAUUGAAAUGCAAAGAGACACCGGAUCGGAAUGUCUUGGCGAAAGAGUUGCACACCUUGUUGAAGGGAGAGCAGAAUUACCAGAAAUUAGUUUUGGCUCAUGACACAGCUCGAGUGGUACAAUGUCUGUUGAAAUUCGCUCCAGCUGAAAUCAAGCGUGAAAUCUCCGAGAAUUUGAUUCCAAUCAUUGUGCAAAUGUCCACCUCGAAAUAUGCCCAUUUCUGCGUUUCUCGUAUGGUAAAAUAUGGUACGCCCGACAUUAAGCAGAAAAUUAUCGAUGCAAUGUACGGAAAUGUCGUCAAAAUGAUCAACCAUCAACAUUCGUCGGCUAUUUUGGAUAACAUUUACAUUUCAUGGGCCAGCAGUCAACAGAAAGCCAAUCUGCGACAGGAAUUCUACGGUGACUUGUACAAGAAGUCCAAAGACAGCUCCGUGAAAUGCAUAGCUGACACCUACAAGGAAGCUCCUCACUUGAAAUUGGCAAUUUUGAAUUCCGUUAAAGCGACCCUGAAUCACGUUGUGAACAAGAAAUUGGUGGACAACAGUCUCGUUCACUCGGUGCUGGUGGACUAUCUAAAUGAAUGCAAUGACGAAGAUCGUACGGAAAUGAUAACUGCCUAUUCACCUUUCAUUCCAUCUCUUGCGAGCACGAAAGAUGGUGUCCGGUCAUCGAUGAUUUGCUUUUGGAAUUCAAUCGUUAAGGAUCGACGGGCCAUUGUGAAAAGUCUCAAGGAACAUUUAAUUAAGCUGUGCGUCCACGAACACGGACAUGUAUUGAUCCUGGCAAUAAUUAACUCGAUGGACGAUACAAAGGCACUGAAAAAGGCGGUAUUUGACAUUAUCUUCACCCAAAUUGAAUACAUUGCGUCCAAUGAAUGGGGAAAGAAGAUCAUCGAAUGGUUCGUGUCGCCUGCUGACACCACAUUGUUUCAUCCGAAAAUCACUGAAUUCUUAGAGGAAGGAUUAAAGUUCAGCAAAAAAGACAAGAUCGUUCGACGCACAGAGCUAUUCGAGGCUGUCGAACAACCGUUGUGCGAAGCAAUUGCAAAAAAUCCAACAUUUUGGUUGCGUGGCGGUCAUACUGCUCUAGCUACAGCGGCUAUUUUGAAAAAUAGUAAAGGCGAUGCAUUGAAAUUAGCUUUCGAUGGUUUGGCGGACGUAGUUUGCGACGUGGAAUGGAAAGUUGCUGAAAAGGAGUCGGAACAACAGGCAGAUGAUAAGGCAAAAGAGGAAAAGGAGGAGAAGGAUAAGAAAAAGAUAAACAAGAAGAAAGUGAUCAUUAAUCCUUUGGCCGAAGCGGCUCCAGCAGCUCAAGCAGAACCGACAACAUAUGGAGUUGAACACGCUGGUCUACACAUCGUCUUAAAGAAAAUCUUAAAAGGCGACAAAGAGAAGAAAGAGCAGAAUCAGGCAACAUUCAGUGCUGCAUUAGUCAAAAAAAUGACACCUGAAACGGUUCAAUUAUGGUUCACCCUGAAUCGAGCGUCGUUUUUGUUUCUGAAUGCAUUCGAAAAUGGAACAGAGGACACUUGCGCAUUGUUGAAAACGAGUGCGGCUGCACACAAGAAACUUUUGAAAAAACAGAAUCAUUCUGCGGCAAAAAUUAUUUUGAAAAAAUUGGAAUUGUAAAGUUGAGUAGAAAUCGAAGAUAAAUAUAAAAUAGCGCCGUCACUAUAGCUGGUCGUAUGGCAAUGGAAUUUUUAA